GUCAAUAUAUAAUGUUCUAAUUGUAUGAAAUAGUUAUUGAAUUGUGGCUAAUUUUAUUUCUAUUAAUAAGAGAUAGUCAUUAUUAAAUAACGUUACUAAAAUAUUAUCUUUUAGCUUAUUUAAAUAAACUCACUUUCGUAAAAAAGAAGAAAUUUUUAAGGUUAUAACUUCUAUUAUUGAAAAAGUUUCUAAAUUUUUCGUCAAAAUGAGACAUGCUAGUUUCAUAGCAAGAACGGUUUUUGUAAAAAACAAUGAUGUAGAAGCAGCUUGUAGAGUUUUAAAUAGAAUUUUAGGGCGUGAAGACAUUAUAGAUCAAUAUAGAAGAACGCGAUAUUUUGAAAAACCUUUCCAGUUCAGGAGAAGGAUAAACUUUGAAAGGUGUAAAUCUAUAUACAAUGAGGAUAUGGAUAGAAAAAUUCAAUUUGUAAUGAGAAAAAAUAGAACAGAUCCUUUUCCAGGAUGUGCUUGAACUAAUACUUAAUCGUAGUUAAUAAAUAUUAUUUAAAAUCAAUUGUCUUUACAUAUGAAUAUAC